CUCCUCCUCCUCCUCCUCCUCCUCCUCCUCCUCCUCCUGCUCCUGCUGCUGGCGGCGGCGGCGGCUUCCUCGGCCCCGGCUCCCCGCUCUUCCCCGCGGCUUCGCCUCGCCCCUCGCCGGGAGGCUCCGCGAGGACGGCACUGCUGCAAGGAGCCGCCGGGAGCUCCAGGGUGAACAGACCUGCCUUCCCUGGAAGACCUCUGCUAAAGGUGAAGACCACCAAGCAGACCAGGCAGAUUUAGCAGGAGCUCAGAAAUUUUACAUCAAGAGCCCCCUGGAGCAUUACAGCCUACCAUUCAGAGCCUGGACAAGAGCUUGGCCUUGCAGUUUUACAGAUCGCUGCCUGUAGCGGAGCACAAAGGGAGCGGCGAGACUCCCACGUCUUUCAGCAAGAAGAAAGGAGGCAGCGGAGCAGACUAACGCGGGCUUGCGUCUGGUGGCCUGGCAGUACAAAGGCUGCCUUUAAAAGAGAAGCGCAGCGUUAUUUAAUGAGCUGUGAGAUGAGGAGGCGCUGCUGCUAACGCUCAGAUCCCGGGAUUCAUCGGCUAUUCAUUGUGCUUAAUGUACAUGUUUCUACACCGUGCAUUUAGGAGAUCCCAGAGAAGAAUCCAAAACGGCUGCGGGGGAAAGACCACCAAACAUGCCUACAGAAACACUACCGACAGGUAGCAUGGUGAAGCCGGUCAGCCCUGCCGUGACUUUCACAUCCGCCGUCCCUCUCCGCAUCCUGAACAAAGGACCAGACUACUUUCGCAGGCAGGCGGAGCCUAACCCCAAAAGACUGAGCGCGGUGGAGAGGCUGGAAGCCGACAAGGCCAAGUACGUCAAGAGUCAGGAGGUCAUCAACGCCAAGCAGGAGCCCGUGAAGCCAGCGGUGCUGGCAAAGCCGCCAGUUUGUCCCGCGGCCAAGCGAGCGCUGGGGAGCCCCACCUUGAAAGUCUUCAGCAACAAUGCCAAGACCGAGAGCGGCGUCCAGAGAGAGAACCUGAAGCUGGAGAUUUUGAAGAACAUCAUCAACAGCUCCGAAGGCUCCAGCUCAGGUUCAGGGCACAAGCAUGGUCCCCGAAACUGGCCUCCCCACAGAGCCGAUUCGACGGAACUGAACCGACACUCGUUCGCCGAGUCUCUGAAGGUUUACCCCACGCAGGGCCGCAGCAGCCCGCAGGAGAGCAGCUCCAACGUCAGCAGAAGGCUCCUAGAUCAGUCGGCAGAGACUUUCUUGCAUGUCUCUCACAGCUCCUCAGACAUUAGGAAAGUAACUAGCGCAAAGCCCUUAAAAGCAAUACCCUGCAGUAGUUCAGCCCCACCUCUGCCUCCAAAACCCAAAAUCGCUGCCAUUGCCACCCUGAAGUCCCCAGAGAUCGAGGCAGUCGAGACUGGAUGCGGAGUUAGUAGAAGACCCUCCCUGCAGCGGUCAAAAUCAGACUUAAGCGACAGAUACUUUCGUGUCGACGCAGACGUUGAACGAUUCUUUAACUACUGCGGACUGGACCCUGAAGAGCUUGAAAACCUCGGGAUGGAAAACUUUGCAAGGGCUAACUCUGAUAUUAUAUCCCUCAACUUUCGCAGUGCAAGCAUGAUUAGCUCAGACUGUGAACAGUCUCAGGACAGCAACAGUGACCUUAGAAACGAUGACAGUGCCAAUGACCGUGUGCCAUAUGGUAUUUCUGCAAUUGAAAGGAAUGCCAGAAUCAUCAAGUGGUUAUAUAGCAUCAAGCAAGCUAGAGAGUCACAGAAAGUGUCCCAUGUGUGAGAGAAAAUCCACAGUAGAAAAAGCAAGGACUGUAUCUUUGUCUGUGAAUAUUCAGUUGUGAAGGGUUGUGAAGUCUACUUGAAGUCUUGUACACUUCUCAAAUCUCUUUGUGUUGCUUGUUGUGCAAUGUUUCCAAGUUGCAUGCCUGUCAACAUGUGAACUGACCUGGCUUCCACUUGAACAAUAACCAACUGCAAAGCCUGGCUGAGCAUACACAUUAUCUGCCAAAAGUUUAAGACAAGAAUCUAAUUAGGGCUUCAGUAUAAUCAAAGUGUUUACAUGGAAAGGUUAUAUGACUUCUUUGGUAUUUAUGUGGUUCCUUGUGGAUUUUAUAUGUCACUUUUGUCUUAAUGCGGAUAUUGUCAACUGACGUUACUAGCUUCGAAGCUGAAGUAGAAUCCCUUUGGGGGGCGGGGCAAAUUUGGACAAAAUAAGAGGUUUAGACAUACAACAAUAAGCAAAGCAGCCUUAUCUCUUGUAUAAAGUGGCUUAUUGGCACCUGUAAAACUGUCUCUGAAGGGCAAAGGAUGGUCUGUUCUUUGCUAACAUAUAUAUCCCUACCUGUGGUGAGGGACUGUUAAGUAAAGGUUUCCGUUUCUAGAUAAGCACCCUCAGUUUUACAGCUGAAGCGGUCUAGUGAACCUGCUUGACCUUUCAUAAACGAAAUGAGUCUUACAUUUGGUUUGGUGUAAGCCUUGUAACGAUUCUGUAUUACCCUGUUGGAAAAGUUUAAAGAGGGUUGGAGUCAACAAACAAACGUUGAAGGUGGGGGAUUUUGUGGGUUUGGUUUUAACUCUAAGAUUCCUGGUCUUAAACUUUUGACAGGAAUGAUUAGAUCCUAUAGCUGAUAUUGAAUGCCUUUAUUAGUCAAACACAUCAUGACUACAAACUCCAUGCUGUCUUUUAAUUUUUUUUUUUUUGUAGACCUAUUUGAACAGUUAAUGAACAAAAAUGGAGACACACAGCCAUAUCAAUAUAACGCCUCCUAUUCAGAAGUAAAUACACUCAGUAGCUGAACUAUAUCUGAAAAUUUGUGAUUAUGUUGUCUUGCAUAUGUUAUAUCUAAGGCUGUGAAAGUUUGUUACAGCUCUAGAAAAGUGUAGAAACAUGACAGUAUGUAGCUUUCUUUCUUUUUUUUUUUUUUUCCUCCUUAUGGUGGUUAGUGCUGCAAGUCAACCUGUUACAAAUCUUUUGACAAUCUGUCUUCCCAGUGGUUUAAUUAACUGUCAUUUCAACUGACAGUUGUGGUGUGGUAGCGGAGAAGUUGAAAGUACAGUGGUCUGCUUCAUUGUUAUCGUAUACAUGCUUCGAAGUAAAUUGCAGCACUACCUUAUACUUCAUCAGCUAAUAGGAAACUUUUUUAUUGUGUAAAUGCUGUAAGACUUUGUAUAUACUUCAGUUGUUAUGAAAUCUUUAAAAGGAAGAGUGUUAUGCUAAUAAAUAGCUCCUGGUGCAGGUAUGGUGGGUUUUUUGUUCAUUUUUUGACCCCUCCCAUUUCUCAAGCUGUAUCGGGAACUCACCUGCAGUGUGUUUUAGUGCUGUAGAAGAUCUUGGUUAAAUAAUAGUUCCAGUAAAAUAGUCCCAGUUAGGUUUCUUCCUAAAAAUGCUUUUCAGAAUACUUUUUUUUUUAUAAAGUAACUGUAGCAGCAUGAUCCGUCUGAAGAACUAGAAGAGAUUUUUCAGGACUCCUAAAAUAGCUUGCUGCUUCUUUACCUAGCAAUGUUACUGCUCCUGUUUAUAGCAUCUGUUCAUAAUGAAUCACCACAGUCCUCUGAGUUAUUCCUCAGUAGUGCUUAUUUAUAUAUUAGAAUAUUAAAGAUGUUUUACAAAAUUGAGUUAUAUCCUUGCUUUAAGAAGUCUGUAGCCCAGCAUCUUAGCAAUAGCCACAGUUAACGCAGGCAAGCCUCAAAUAGAGCGAUGCAGUCAUUUGUUGCCUGUGGAACUACCCCUACACCCUUUGUAAGAUUGCUUUCCAAAUGAUUUUUCAUGGGUGGGGGAAAAAAAAAAAAAAAAGCACAUCUUCAUUUUCAGUAGGCUACUCUGCUUUGUACAGUUGGCUUCGCAACCUAAGACUACAACAUUCCUAGCUUGGUCAAAAAAAAAAAAACUGAGGAGAUAGGCAUUUCGGCUACGGGCACACUCGUGACAUUUUAAGCUCCAUAGCUUUCAGUAGGCAUUGACAUCACGCUGGUUUUUCAAGCAUAUUUUUCCAAUAGUAGGUUCUACUCAGUUCAGUGACUAUUUUGCCAAGGAAAAUAAUGCUGGAGGGAUUAAAGCCAAGUGUAACGCAGCUGUACAGCAGUGAAAUAAAGAAGUGAAUACUGAAA